AUGAAACGACAUUUGCCACCAGCGUCGAAUUCAACUUCAAAUAGCAAUUCAAUGAUAACAAGUACAUUGAGCAAACUUCUAGUACGAAAACUAACAUUUCGUUCGUCGACAUCCAAUCUCUCUCGAAGCACGCAUGAAUUGAACAGUUAUCAUGAACAACAGGGUUCUUCAAUAACACCACUGAAUCAACAAACAUCGAUGGGGCAAAAUCAGCAACAAAAGAAUAUUAUUUCUCAACAGAAUAUUCAAUUAAUUGAACAAAUUGGUGAAGGAGAAUUCGGCACUGUUUUCAAAGCAUUUUGGAAAAGCAAACAGAAUGAAUUAUUAACCGUCGCUGUGAAACGUUUACAUAAAUUUGAACAAGCAUUUGGUCUUGAUGACCUACUAAAAGAAAUCUGUGUCCUACAAGAUACCGAACACGCACAUAUCGUUCAAUUCUUUGGCAUUGUUAUCCAAGCAGAUGGGUUAUUUAUGUUGGUAACUGAAUACGCUCAUUCACGAUCGUUGUAUGAGUGUUUAUUAUUAAAAAACGCUAAGUGUGAAUACACAAUCGAAAUUCUAUUAGAAUUUCUUCGACAAAUCUCCACGGCGAUGAAUUAUUUAGAAAAGAAAUAUCUCAUUCAUCGAGAUUUAGCCAGUCGAAACAUCUUGGUCUUCAGUAAAACACUGGUUAAACUUUCCGAUUUCGGUCUUUCGCGUCUGUGUUGUUCAGAAACUGAUUAUUACAAAACAUCAUGGAAGGAUACAUUACGAUUGCCGAUAGCAUGGAUGAGCCCAGAAGCAAUUAAUUUCCUACGAUUCACAAGCGCAUCGGAUAUGUUUUCUUUUGGUGUAUGUAUGUGGGAAUGCUUUAGCUACGGUGAAAUGCCAUGGCAAGGAAUGACAAGUGCUGAAAUUGUCAAUGCUAUCGACGCACCCAAUUAUCAACGAUUACCCCGUCCUUCUUACGCUACAACAGAGUUAUAUCAAAUAAUGCUUCAUUGUUGGAAGCAUGAACCCUCUGAACGACCUACAUUUGCACAAUUAGAAAAAACUCUACGCGAAAUUGAAAUCAAAAAAGUUCGAUGGAAAGAUACCAAUGGCAAACCAACCAAUUUACCCGACGGUUUUCUUUCCGUAGAAUCCUGUCUGCUUGGACCAUUGACAAUUCUCGAUCGCUGUCUUAACGUUCCCAUAUCAUCGUCAUCGGUCAAUAAUUUUCUCCAGUGCGUAUCUGCAGACGGUCAAGUCGGUUUCGUUAAUAAUAGUGAUGUUGAGCCAUUACAUGUUAUUUCAAUAUCAAAACCACUGAUUUCGACACCUAAUCAUCCUAAUUCAACGUCAUUCACAAUGAGUAAUUUAUUUCAUCGCAAAACAGACACGAAAAAGAAUGUUGGAAAAACAAAAGGCAAACAAUUAUCAAAAGAUAUGAUUGGUCUGCCUCAAGCUGAUUUCAUUCAUGCAUUUCAUAUUGGAGUAUCAGGUGAAACAUUUGGUGAUGUGACUUGUCUUGCUGGAGUGGAGAAAACCGAUUUAAUUAAGAUACCUAUUGAAAGAAGUCCAUCGACUGUUAAUGGUAAUUGUUCAAAUAUCGGCAUAGGCUGCAUACUUGACUUUCCCUCUUGUUUCUUUCUAUUUCAUUGUAAAGAAUUUGAAUCAAAUUAUAAACAGCCUAUUCUUACUCCUGAACAGCAAGAAGAAGAAGAAGAAGUAGCGAUACUUUCUGUUGAACAGCGAACGGAGGAAAUCGCACCUUCAUCAUUACUGGAUGAAGUAUUACAAGCGUUUACAGAAAUUUAUUCUGAACCUGAUACACCUCCACGUUUAACAGUAGAUCAUACUUCAAUAAAACCACCACCAAAACCUGAACGAAGUGAACCAACCUCUCCAAAAUCUCCGACGAUUGAUUUGAAAUUAUCAGCAGUGCCUUUGACAAAAAUCGACUUUAAUCAAUCUCCAUUGGAAAUCGUGACAGAUUCGAACAGUCGAUCACCUAUUCAUACUCGUCUACCAUCUAAAUCUCCAUUAAAAAAAUCGAAUGAAGAAACUUGUCGAUUCACACGUGAACUCGAACAACGUCUACAAAAUGGUGACAUAAGCGAAGAAGCAAAACAUGCUUACAAUCUAUUAGUAAAUGGUCAUACAGACAGUUCAUCAUUAAUACACGAACAAGAUUCACACUCAACAAGCAAUGGUGAUUUAUCGUCAAAUAAUCACGAACCAUCAAAUGAUAUUGUCCAUCAUACAAAACAAUCACCUACACAGCCGCAUGCACCUAUAGCAUUAUUUGGCUCAUCAUCUUCAUCAUCAUCGACGAGUAUAUCAACAAGUUCAGCUAGUAAUCAUACACAAUCAAAUACAUCAUCAUCAUCUAAUCAACAAAAAUCUGACCGACAUUCGCAUUAUUCAUCAACAUCAACUGAUAAUGAUAUUAGUAUUGAUCUAAAAACGCAAACAGAAUUAUCUCCAUUGAAACUUCUUCGAAAUAAUUGUAAUCCAACUCAUUUCAUGUCGAAAUCCAUACGUCAACAAACAUCAACAAAUGAAAUCAAUUCAUCAAAUCAUUCGCCUGUCUCAUCAGCAUCGAAUACAUUAAGUAACUUAUCGUCCACAUCGCCCGUAUUCGAUCAUCACAGUGCUCUGCCAGUAGCUUCACAUUCAUCUUCAUCAUCCAAUCUCGACGAUAAUCGUUCCUUGUCGAGUUUAUACUCUCGUUCAUUGUCAACGACCAAAAGUGAACAACAAUCGAUCACCGGACAGCCUUUACCACCUCCACCAGAUCUCUCGAGUUUAGGCAGUAAACUAACAACAGCAACAAUGACCCAUACAUUGAAAAUACCUGCGCCAUUGACGUCGUCGAAUACAUUUCGAUCGAAAAAACGAUUCAAUCUGUUUACUUGA